AAUCCACUAGCAGGGGUUUCACCCAGGACUGUUUCUCAGCUUCGAAUAGGCGGACCCCUUGGGGACCGUUGAAGCGCUAGGAGCAAGCAGUUGAUUGCGUAACAUUCGAGGAUUUAGUGGAAUCACCAGUAAGCGCAUCGAAUUACGUAUGGGUUUGAGCUGGGUCAGAUCAAGAUAGAACAGGUGGGAUACCAAGACAUAGGUAGCAUUGGCCUUACGGCAAUGCCCACCCAAGCUUGUUCACUGGGUCGGGAAAUCUAACUACAGGAGGAACACUAAGGCCGCUUGCCUUGGACCCCAAAUCCUCUUAAUUACCCAGGUACCGACCAGGUUCGGAACUUUGGAUGCGAAGGGCUGAUUGAAAUGAGCGGCAUCCGCCUUAUGUUGACAUACAUGGUCAUGGGAGGCCGUUCCAUUGAUCAUGUCUUCAGAAAAGCGUGUUCGGACACACGAGGAGAUGUCGAGGGAGACGAGCGGGAAGGAUUACGCAGUAUGUGAUCAAUGCCGAAUUAAGAAGAUACGAUGCGGGAGAGAGAAGCCAUUUUGCUCAAACUGCACACGCCUUGGGCACAGGUGUGAAUGGUCCGGAAAUGGCAAGAAGGGUAGUCAAACGGCUCUACUAAGCCAUACCAUCGAGGGUUUAAGCAGACGUCUUGAAAGUUUAGAAGAUGCACUGGCAGAAACACAGAACAGCGUGAAGCGGCUUGCAGCCGGCACUCCAAUCCUCACGGACGAUCCCGUAGUGCUGCAGCCCAGUCACACUUGGCCUACACCAGAGGACACCAGUCCUAUAACUUACAACGCACCUAUUUUCAAGAGGCCUCUUGGCCACUUUCUUAGGGGUCAAAACGUUGAGAACACGGAGAGGUACUUUGAACCCACGUCGCUCGAGUCACUCUUGUACAAUAUAAGAGACUCUAUCAUCGAGCCCCUUGUCAGUGGCGGAUCGCAGAAUCAGUGUGUGAGGGAACACGCCCUACUUGCGCAGCAAAAGUUCGAUCUCUUAGUGAUUCGGGAAGAGAAGACUAUUCGGGAUGGGACUCUUCCUACAGCGCCUCCUAUUUCCAUCUUAAAGGCUAUGAUUGAACCAUAUUUCUCAACCAUCAACCCUCAUUUCCCCAUAUGGACUAAAGAAUCGUUCGAGAGAGUUGUCACAUCCCUACAAGAGACAGAUUCUUCCGAUCAAGAUCUAGGGCGGGUUGUAUGUUCCAACAAUUUGAUACUGAUGACCUUAGCGGCAAACCUGUUACAUCCUCCUCGUCCGGAUAAGUCGAACAGGUCUAGGUCGGUGCGCAAUACCUCCUCUAUUGAUCUCGAUCUUACGAAGGGUUUCCUCGCAAAUGCAAGAAGAGCAAUAGAGAAUGCGGAACUCUUACUCUCACCUCGACUCGUCAACGUUCAAGCCCUCUUAUCUCUAUGUGUAGUAGCGCAAGAACACAUGUCGCCAGUCGUCUUCAUGAGGUUAUUUAACAUGGCUAUGCAGUGCGCAAAGUCUAUCGGGGUCCACAACUGGGAAAUAUGCGCCCGAGAACAAGAGGACACUCGAGAACAACAAUGCGUAUCGUACUGCCUAUACAUCCUAGACAAGGCGGUCUGCUGGACAGUCGGCGCGUCGAUUUCUAUCCCACUAUCCGAUAUCUACAUCGAUACAACGUUGAAGUCGUCCCAUGAUAUGACCAUAGAUAGCCUGAUUGCUAAAGCCAAGUUAGCUGAAAUUCAAGAAGAAAUAUACUUAGAGAUAUAUGCUCGUCGAGCUCCAGCAAGGACCGAGGAACAAGUUCAACUGACUAUAUCCAAAUUCAAUCAGAAACUGCGAGAUUGGUUGACCGAGUCUAAUAAAGAUCAGCAAGAUCCGAGUACCACCGCGCCUCAAGAGUCUAUCUGGAAAAUUGAACACUCUAUCGGGUUUACCUGUACCCAGCUAUUAUAUAUGUGGCCCUUUAGAGAACACCCAGAUGUCACAUCUCAACGCACAGAAGUCAGCAGGAGAUGUAUGAGGCUUUUACUUUGCUUAUGGGGCUCUUCCGCGGAGCUAGGACACCAAGGGAUACUUCCGCGCAUCGUCGCGUCUUACCCACCUCUGUACCUUUACGAGAUCUCUGCGCAGAUUCUCAAUGGGGACGAGGAACAAGAUUCGUCAGACGUGGAACUGCUGCAAUCAUUCGUCGAAAUGCUUCAAAUCAUAACCGAACUACAAGAAGAAAACUCAUACAACAGACGAUUGUAUGAGGUCUCGUCCAUUCUUAUGGAAGUCGUAUCUGCCAGAAAAACCCAAAGUAAAAGGCGAAAAAUGCAUCACACUCCACCAUCAUCGACCUUGCUCUCGUGUUCAGCGUCAUCGACGCGUACGCGUCGCGCAUCUCCUUAUACCCCUUCUCCAGAUACCAUGCAUGCUCAUUAUAACGAAAACAACACAUCUCCUCAACUUCAAAAUAACAGCCAAGAUACUUCGAAUAUUGCAAGUUCAAGCUUCGACUCGUUAAUGUCCCCGGCCGAUUCAGGGGGUUGCGCAGAAGACCAACUAGCGACACUGAUAGGAUCGCUAGGGAAGGGACCGUUCGAAAACUUCGACCUCCUCGAUUAUAGCGAUACUCAGGUAUCAAGAGGCGAAAACCUUGUGGAGAAAGAGAUCUGGUGGGAUUGAAAACCUGUACUUUUCACUCUCACUGUUCAUCAAAACAGGGAGCAGGCACUUGUACACAAGGGCGUGUGGUAGGGUGCUUUAUGGACACGAGGGCGUAUUAGACCAUGGCUUUCUCUAUAACGAGAA